GAACUGCUGUUGCAAUGGAGAUGGAUAAAAACGUGUGUUGAAAUCGGAGCUCCCACCGCAAGAGUCACACCUCCUUCCAUGAAAUGACACUUACGCGAGCCUGCUUAAGAAGAAGCUUUUUGGAUUUGCUUUGACAGACAGACAGACAGACUCCAUGGAUGCCCUCAGAGCCGCUUACACUGAAACCGAUUCUGAUUCCGACGGGGACGCCGCCCAAUCGGAACCCACCGCUCUCCCUCCGCCGCCUCUGUCUCUUCUCCAGCCCCCAAAUUCAGUUGCUGUUGCAGGUGCAGCAUUUGAUUUUCCGACACAGAUAGAAAGCAAUCAUUCCAAUCGAGUUCGUAGCUUCCCUCACGUUGAAGGCAACUAUGCCCUCCAUAUAUACAUUCCCAUUAUGAUUCCAUUGGCGGCGAGGAAGGAGAUAUCCUUGUUCUUGAAGAGGAUUGCAUCGGCUUCAAAUGAGCUCCACGCAGUUGAUGUAGACAUCCCCUUUAGUAACUUAAUCAAUGACGGGCAAAAGUUUGAGAAAAUUGUGCUGGGGAGGGAGUUUCACGUGAGCUUGGGAAGAACAGUGCCAAUCCGAGUCCAUCAACGUGACUCCAUGGUGAGUAUGCUUCGACAAAGGCUGCUGCAGUCCCAAAGGAGGUAUUGGAUUAAUUUCGAUAAAUGGGAAGUUUUCGUCAACGAUGAGGGGACGCGGACAUUCCUAUCUUUGGAAGUUAUCGGUGGAGGUUUAGCUGAGAUAAGAAAGCAAAUCGAAUGCGUGAAUGAAGUGUACAGGCUUCAUAACCUUCCUGAGUUUUACAAGGAUCCGCGGCCGCAUAUAUCUGUGGCAUGGGCUUCCGGUGACAUAACCGCCUCCUUGAAAAGGGCCAUUGCCGAGGAAGACAUAAGAAUACAAAAGGAGGGACAAACUCGGCGCGGCCGGAUAUUUUCCUGCGUGUUUGGUGGGAUUUCAUGCAAAAUCGGAAACAAAACCUACGAGUUAUGCAAGCCUCAACAAGAACAACAAUAGUACCAAAUGAGCUGGGCUAAGGCGAAAACUUAAAAUCAUCAUUCGAAUCGCCGAGCUAGUCACAAAUUUAGAAAUGUAGAAAUGCAGCAGUGUGAUUAUUUACACUCAUACGGCUAACCUGAAAUUCCUUUCAACUCUCAUGGCCGGGGUGACGAUAAUAAUGUAUUGAACAAUUACUCAAAUCAUACCGAUAAUGUAAUCAGCGCCGGAAGUCAAUUUCUCGAUGGA